AUGUUAGAGAGUGGGGGAGGUGAACGUGAUUCUGAGGUGAGUUUGGAGACCGUGAAUUCCACACUGCGAAGCUCCAUGAGCAGUGAGAGCAAUUGCAGCACCAGUUUCAGCCGUCUUUCCUUCGAUCUCCUCCCCGCCUCACCGGAGAAUCUCUCCCUCAAGCCUCAUCGCUCCUCCGACUUCGCCUACACGGCCUUCCACCGCAAGAACGCUCUCACCUUCCGCGACUUCCAGCUCCUCCGCCGCAUCGGCGCCGGCGACAUCGGAACCGUCUAUCUCUGCCGCCUCAGAAACGGCAACAACCAAUUCGAGAACAGGAACGGAGAAGAAGAAGAAGACCCGUGCUGCUUGUACGCCAUGAAGGUGGUGGACAAGGACGUAGUGGCAUUGAAGAAAAAAGCGGAAAGAGCCGAAACGGAGAGAAAGAUCCUGAAGAUGCUGGACCACCCUUUUCUCCCUACGCUCUACGCUGAGUUCGAGGCUUCACAUUUCUCUUGCAUUGUGAUGGAGUUUUGUUCCGGUGGGGACUUGCACUCCCUACGCCACAAGCACCCGCACAACCGUUUUCCUCUCUCUACCGCAAGAUUUUAUGCAGCUGAGGUGCUGGUGGCGUUGGAGUACCUUCACAUGCUGGGAAUCAUCUACAGGGAUUUAAAGCCUGAAAACGUGUUAGUCAGAUCGGACGGUCACAUCAUGCUUUCUGAUUUCGAUCUUUCUCUAUGCUCACAUGCAAUCCCAGCUGUUGAAUCCUCAGACUGCUUACAAGAUCCAUCCGCAUUAUCCUACACUCGCUCGCGUUCUUUUGCAACCCCAUUCUCGUGCUUCCCCAACCGCCUCUUCCGGUCUCGCAAGGUCCAAACCCUCCAACCGAACCGGCUCUUCGUGGCCGAACCGGUCUCCGCCCGGUCAUGUUCCUUUGUCGGGACCCACGAGUAUGUCUCGCCGGAGGUCGCCGCCGGCCAAUCCCAUGGCAACGCCGUUGACUGGUGGUCGUUUGGGAUAUUUAUCUACGAGCUUAUAUAUGGUCGUACGCCGUAUGCGAGCCCAUCGAAGGAGGCUACGCUGCGCAACAUCGUGAAGAAACCCCUGACGUUUCCCACGGCCACGCCUUCGAGCACUCUAGAACUCCACGCGCGGGACUUGAUAUCCGGCUUGCUGAACAAGGAUCCGGCGCGUCGGCUUGGCUCGCAGCGCGGCGCCGCUGACGUCAAGAAACACCCAUUCUUCAAAGGGCUCAACUUGGCGCUGAUUCGCAUGCUGACGCCGCCCGAAGUGCCGGGCUCGAGAAGGACAAAAACGUCGUCGUUGUACCAUGUGAAGGGUGGCUACAACAAUAAUAGUAGUAGAAGACAGCAAUCGACGGCGUCGUUUGAUUUUUACUUUUGA